GCAGGAGUUAAAACUAGUGAUGCUGCCUCCUGCUUCCUCUGUAGCUUUCUGUCUGCGUUUUUGGCCUUCUUCGCCUGUUGUUUGCUGGCUCCGAGAAGAUGAUGACGAGAGGAGUUGGAGGAGGAGGAGGAGGAGGAGGAGGAGGGAGCAGUAGGCAUCCCUUCACGCCGUCGCAAUGGCAGGAGUUGGAGCUCCAAGCGCUCGUCUUCAAGUACAUGGCGUCGGCCGUUCCCGUUCCUCCUGAUCUCCUCUGCUGCGUCAGGAGAAGUCUCUUCGCGGAGCCGCGGUCUCCCCGCUUCCUGCCGCCGCAUCCUCCUGCGAUUGGGUGGGGGGCUUAUCAGAUGGGCGACGCGAGGAAGGAGGUGGAUCCAGAGCCCGGGAGGUGCAGGAGAACGGACGGGAAGAAAUGGAGGUGUUCCAAGGAGGCGUUUCCUGACUCCAAGUACUGCGAGAGGCACAUCCACAGGGGAAAAGGCCGUUCAAGAAAGCCUGUGGAAUUGUCUUUGGCCACCGGCCGGCCGGUCGUCUCCCACAGCUCGCCAAAUUUCCACCCUCCUCCUCUCUCCCUCUCCUCGCCGCGCACCGAUCACCAUCUCCUCUCCCCCCGUUCCUCCUCCGUAAGGCCUUCUGCCAUAGGUUCUGGCUACUCGCACAGCGAAGAUUCCUCAAACUUCUGCUUGCAAUAUCUUGAUAAGCACAGGAACAUCCUUGGCUUCGAGGAGGGCGCGCGUGAGUUCCCUUUCCUCCCGGAAGGCUGCAGAACCGGAAGGGAGCUUCGCUGCAGCUUCGGGCAUAUGGAGAUGAGCUCGAAACAUACUUACAGCAGCAUGCAGAGUAUUGAUUCCCACUUCAGGAUUUGCUCGUCUAAGGGAGAGGAGGAUGAGCAGCGCUGCCUCUUGGGCGCUGGCCUCAAGAUGGAGAUGGCUGCUAAUGGCAGGUUGGAGAAGGAGGAGGAGCAACCAAGGCCGUUCCACUGUUUUCUCGACGAGAGGCCUCCCAAAGUCGAUGGCUCUUGGAUGAGCAUGAACGUGGGCUCGAAGACACAGCUAUCCAUGUCCAUUCCGCUUGCCGACCACGACGUGCCAGUCACUGCUACAACGGUAUCUCCAUUCCUCUGUUCGUCAAUCCUCACUCUCUCUCUGUGACUCUCUCUCUUUUAACCUCGUUGCCAUUCACAACGCAGAAGGUUGAUUUCUAAAGACGAGAGAAGCUUGGCCCUUCCGCACUUUGUCAUCCCUGCUCUAGAUUUUUGCUAUGUCAAUCGUCUCUUGCUAGUAUGUUGUUGUGAUCAAUGAAGAAGAGAUGCUGUUGUGUUUUC